CGUGUGUGUGUGUGUGUGAGUGGGAGAGUGUGUGUCAGUCGAUCCAUGGCGCCGCUGCUGAGCGGAAAAACCUCCGAAAACAUUUGUAAAGUGGCACCGACAAGACUUUUUAUUCACUAAUUCAACACAAACCGUGUGGAGGAACAAAGUCCCUUCAGGCUCUAAAGACAGUGAAACUCAGGGCAGCAGCGAUGUCGGGCUCCUACGAUGACUCCAUGAUCGAUGUCUCCAGUGACAGCUUCUGGGAGGUUGGGAACUACAAGCGUACGGUGAAACGGGUCGACGACGGCAACCGCCUCUGUAAUGAUCUGAUGAACUGUAUUCAUGAGCGGGCUCGUAUUGAAAAGUCAUACGCGCAGCAGCUCACCGAGUGGAGCAAGCGCUGGAGGCAACUCGUAGAGAAAGGUCCUCAGUAUGGCACGUUGGAGCGAGCUUGGUCUGCGUUGUGCACAGAGGCAGAGAAGGUGAGCGAGCUCCACAUGGAGGUGAAAGCAGCGCUGAUGGGAGAAGACUAUGAGAAGCUGAAGAACUGGCAGAGAGACUCGUACCACAAGCAGAUGAUCGGUGGAUAUAAAGAGACCAAAGAGGCCGACGACGGCUUCCGUAAGGCACAGAAACCCUGGGCCAAGAAACUCAAGGAGGUGGAGACGAUGAAGAAAUCCUAUCACUCUGCCUGUAAAGAGGAGAAACUGGCGGCCAGCAGGGAAACCAACAGCAAACUAGAGAGCAACAACAAUCCUGAUGCCCAGAAGAAGCUCCAGGAAAAGGUGGAGAAGUGUCAGCAGGAGGCGCAGAAGACUAAAGAACGCUACGAGAAAUCCCUCGAGGAGCUGGACAAGCUGACUCCUCAGUACAUGGAGAACAUGGAGCAGGUGUUUGAGCAGUGGCAGCAGUUUGAAGACAAACGCAUACGCUUUUUCAGAGAGCUGCUGCUGGAGGUCAAACAGCACCUGGACCUCUCGUCCAAUCACAGGUUCCAGACAAUCUACCACACCAUGGACGACACCAUCUCUGCCACCGACGCUGAAGACGACCUCAAGUGGUUCCGGUCCAAUCAUGGCCCGGGCAUGCCCAUGAACUGGCCCCAGUUUGAGAACUUGGACUGGUCCCGUCCUCGCACCUUUAAGAGAAGGUCCAUUUUAGACUGGUCCAUAGACCUGAACCGAACGCUCAGCAGACGAGAGAAGAAGAAACCUUCAGAGGGCGUGACCCUGACCGGGAUCAGUCAGACUGGAUCAGACCAGCCUGUUCAGCCUGUGAAGACCAGCAGCAGUGCACCUGUGGGCUCCAACCCCUUUGACGAAGACGAGGAAGAGGAAGAGGAGACGGCCGUGGAGCAGCAGACGACAGAGAAUCACAUCAGUGUGAAUAAAGAUGAAAUAAAAACCGUGAGCAGCACGGAGAAGACUCCAGACUGGUCAGACGAAGACACCGGCGUUAACCCUUUCUCUGCCAACGGCGAUGGAAAUCCAUUUGAGGACGAGCCGACGUCUCCACUGGUGUGUGUUCCUGUCAAAGCCCUGUACGACUACGAAGGACAGGAGCAGGACGAGCUCACCUUCCAAGCAGGGGAUGAAUUCACCAAAAUUGGUGAGGAGGACGAUCAGGGUUGGUGCAGAGGCAAACUGAAGGACGGAAAAACGGGCCUGUAUCCUGCUAACUAUGUGGAAGCCAUCCAGUAAUACAGGAAACAUGAAGCGGAGGAGGGUCAUCCUUAUGUUUAACUCUUAGUGAAGACUGGACUGGAGGACAGAGAGGAGGAGGAGGAGGAAGAAGAAGAAGAGGAGGAUCAUAAAAGGAACUCUUGAGAUAUUUGUUGAAACAAAGGAACAUAACAGAAAAUAUGUUACUUAAAAUCACAUUUAUGCUGUUACAAAAACAACAAUCCAUUAAAUAGUCACACUUUAUACAUACAUACUUAUAUAUAUAUAUAUAUAUAUUAGCUAAGAAUGAAUUUCUAUAUUGUUGUAAUGAAACACUGGGACGACAGUCAACGUUAGCCCUGCAGCUGUGAUACACAAACUGCUAUAGAUUCACCUUUUUAUAACAUGAUGAAACUCAAACUGCCUCGAAAAUCCAGAUUAUUCUGUCACAUUUAACUUCAUUUAAACCUUUCAGCUCUUAAAGGUCCAGUGUGUAACAGUGAGUGACAUCUAGUGGUGAGACUGCGACAUUAUUUUACUCUUCUGUGGCGUCGGCUGUUACAUUUUUACAAAUCCAAACUGCAGGCUGGGAAUUUUAAUUAGAUUAUUUGACCUAAUCCUGAUCCUCAUUGCCACCUCACCCCUGGCUCUCCCGAGUGCAUCAUGGGAACUACGGUGGCCUUCACAGCCUGCACUUUUAAAUACCAAAGCACGCUCCGACUGGUUUGUCCAUUCAGGCGGCUUCUGUAAAACCAGCCCUGAAGUACAAAUACGACAAAUACGACAAAUACAAGGCUGCAAAAAGUGAACAAAUGUGUUAUUUUAAAGCGAUUAAACGAUGGAUGCCAGCAAACCUGUGACUAUAGUUUAUGAAAAGUUACACACUGGACCUUUAAAGUGUCGUCAUCGUCAUUUAAUCCAGAUUAAAACGAUAAAACGCUGCAGAGUCUUUUCCUCACAGUCCUCACUCGGCUCACAGGAAGUUUCCCUCGUCACUGAAAUUGAAUGUAUAUUCACUGAUUGUAUUUUUUUUUUUUAUUGUCACCUGCUGAUUGUUCACUGUUUCACCUCUAACGGCUGUCCUCACACACACACACACACACACACACACACACACACACGUGUGUAAUAAUGCAUCGUUUGUACACUGAAAGAUUUUCUUGAAUCUCCCGUGUUUGACUUCUCUCACAAAUGUUAAAGUUCAUGGGAAAAACUCUUUUUCGUGUUUGAGGGUUUAUUAUUUUACAAGCGACAGCAAUAACAGCGGAGUUGCAUAAAUGCCUGUAAAUAGCCUGGAUUAUUAGAACAAAGGUAGCGUCAGAAGAUCAGAUGAUUGUUAAUUUAUGAUGCCACAAAGUGCUUCUGUUGUGCUGUGACUGAGAAUCAAUUUGUUUUGUUAAUUGAAUUGAAUGAAAAAUCCCUUGAAUUAUUUUGUUAUAUUUGUAAAUAUUCAUUAUUCACCGAGUGAAUCAACGAAAGCUCUGUGAAUAAUUGUUGAUUUUCUUGUAGGAGCUAUGACAUGAACCUGAUUUUUUUAACCUUAAUACAUGUUUUGAUCGAG